AUGCGUCGACGAUGCACCGGAAUCCUGAGCGUUCGGGAGGAUCGUCGUGCAGUGUCCACGGCCUCAAAGGCUCUCCUUGGACAAAGACGACUUGGGCAAUCUCUAGAUAAAGCAGGAAAACAGAGUUCCGGCGUCGCGACGGCGACGCGUCGACGAUGCACCGGAAUCCUGA